AUGUCGCAAAAUUCAGGUGAAUCAAUGGAAAACGCCACUGCUCAUGGCUGCCCGGAUUGCGAACGCUCGUUCCCGACACCAGUACAGGCAAAGUAUCACUGGAAUGAUCACCAUAAGCAGGAAUGCGCUAUAACUCUUUCUGAGGGCACUGUCAUCGAGUUGAGACGGCUCGACAACUAUGAUAACCAUUUUCAAUGCCCUGUCUGCGAAUCGGGAUUCUCCACUAAGUCUGCGGUGUUCAAACAUUUGAGUACGACACCGCGCUACUCCGAGCCUGCCAAGGCUUAG